AUGCCCAGGGAGCAGAAGCCAGCGUAUGAGAAGGACGAACAGAAACCAGUGAUUUCAAUCUCAUCGGGUGUUCGAGAUGUAUCAAACCAACCCGCCCAGGCCACGGGCGUGCUACACACUCCACCGGCCUGCGAGCCGCAGCUCCUGACCCAGGCCGGAGGAAGACAAGCUUCUGAUGGCCGCGCCCGGCCGCCUUCGCAGGCGGACGCGCGCAAGGCGGCGGCGCUGCAGCGCAGAGAAGAGACAAGAAAGAGGAAGGGGACGAGGACGAAGGGGGAAACGACCGCUGCGCACAACGCGCGGCGAGAGCGCACGGGGCGAGGCGAGGACGCGGCCGCGGGACGUGAGCCACCAGACCCCGCCGUUAGGCGCGCGCGCCCGCGCCAUGCAUGCAGGGGGGCCAGGAGGAGGAAGAGGAGGGAGGGCGAAGAGGGAGAAGGGGGCUGA